AUGGGGGUGCAGCGGGCCAUUCUAGGCCACGCCCUUUCGUAUGGCCACGCCCUCGCCCGCCGGCCCGCCCCUGCUCGGACACGCCCAUCUGGAGGCCUCGCCCUGCGCGGCCACGCCCCCACGGUGCCCGCGCCCUUCCCUGUCGUCCUGGGUCCCCGACACCUGAGGGCCAUGGCCGCGGUGCCGCAGGGGUGGCAUCGCGGGGAGCCCCGCGCGCUCGGCCGAGCCGUGCGGCUGCUGCAGCGUCUGGAAGAGCGAUGCGGGGACCCCCGGCUGGGCUCGGGGCCCCCCUCGCUGCGGGACCUGCUGCCCCGCAUCGCGCAGCUCCUCCGCGAGGUGGCCGGGGCCCGGCGGGGCGCGGCGGGAGGCGAUCCCGAAGGCCCCGGGGGCGCCGGGCACUUCCUGGCCGUCUACCUGGCCAACCUGGAGGCCAAGGGCCGGCAGGUGGCGGCGCUGCUGUCCGCGCGGGCCGGGGCCGAAGACCGGCUCUUCCGGGAGGGCGCGCGGCCCAGGCGGCAGCUGGCCAAGCUGGCCCUCAUCUUCAGCCACAUGCAUGCAGAGCUGGGCACACUCUUCCCUGGGGGAAAAUACCGCGGCCACCUGUACCAGCUGACCAAGGCCCCCGCACACACCUUCUGGAGGAGCUGCUGUGGAGCCCGGUGCGUGGUGCCCUGGGCUGAGUUCCAGUCGCUACUGGACACCUGCCACCCUGUGGAGGCCGGGCCCACCGCCCAGGCCUUGCGCUCUACCAUGGACCUCACGUGCAGCGGCCACGUGUCCAUCUUUGAGUUCGACAUCUUCACCAGGCUCUUCCAGCCCUGGCCCACGCUGCUGAAGAACUGGCAACUCCUGGCCGUCAACCAUCCGGGCUACAUGGCCUUCCUCACGUACGACGAGGUCCAGGCCCGCUUGCAGUCCUGCAGGGACAAGCCAGGCAGCUACAUCUUCAGGCCUAGCUGCACCCGCCUGGGACAGUGGGCCAUCGGCUACGUGAGCUCGGGUGGCAGCAUUCUGCAGAUCAUCCCCUCCAACAAACCCCUGUUCCAGGUGCUCCUGGAGGGACAGAAGGACGGCCUCUACCUGUACCCUGAUGGGAAGAAUCACAACCCAGACCUGACGGAGCUGUGCCGCGUAGAACCCCACGAGCGCAUCCACGUGUCGGAGGAGCAGCUGCGGCUAUACCUGGCCAUGGACUCCACGUUCGAGCUUUGUAAGAUCUGUGCGGAGAGAGACAAGGACGUGAGGCUGGAGCCGUGCGGCCAUCUGCUCUGCAGCCGCUGCCUGACCACCUGGGAGCACACAGACAGCCACACCUGCCCCUUCUGCCGCGGGGACAUCAGAGGCCGAGAGGCUGUCAGCAUCUGCCAGGCCCAGGGCGGGGCGCAUGCGCGGACCAGUGCCCCAGAUGGCCUUGGUGAGGAAGAGGAGGAGCUGGGACAGGUGUCUCCUCCCCCGCUGCCCCCCAGGAGGCCCAGGAGCUGGCUGGAGGUGGCCCCUCUGGUCCUACCCAAACUCCGGGCUCCUCUUCCCUUGCCUAGAAUAAAAACCAUGGCCUCAGCCCCGUGGGACGCCACCCCCCGCCCCCAGGCCACGGAGGAGGCCGCAGAAAGCUCCUGAGGGGAAGAGUCACCCCUCCAGCUGGCCCUGGAGGGGGAGGCAAGCCCGCCAUCCUGCCAGGGCCUGGAGACCAGGUGAGGCCACGCCCCGUCUCUCCAGCUUCCCUGGGUGGGUGGAGAGGAUGCUGCCCUGGGCAUCACACAUUCUAACCAGCUGUCUUCUGUCCCCACAGGGCAGCCAGCCAGCCAGACACACACACA